UGGGCCCCCCGGCCGCGGCUCCGGACGGACGGCCGCUCGGGGGGCGCCGAGGACACCGGCGGGGGCGGGCAUCGGGGCCGGCAGCCCGGUGAGGCCGCAGCCCCGCGCCGCGCGGGCGAAAAUCUUGGAAAAUGUAUACAAGUCAUGAAGACAUUGGGUAUGAUUUUGAAGAUGACCCCAAAGAUAAGAAGACACUUAAGUCCCAUCCAAACAUUGACAGUGGAUGGGCUUGGAUGGUGGUUCUUUCCUCCUUCUUUGUGCACAUCCUCAUUAUGGGCUCCCAGAUGGCCCUGGGAGUCCUCAACGUGGAAUGGCUUGAAGAGUUCCAUCAGAGCCGUGGCCUGACUGCAUGGGUCAGCUCCCUCAGCAUGGGCAUCACUUUGAUUGUGGGACCUUUCAUUGGCUUGUUUAUCAACACCUGUGGGUGUCGCGGGACUGCCAUCAUCGGAGGGCUGGUGAACUCACUGGGCUGGGUACUGAGCGCCUAUGCCGCAAACGUGCACUAUCUCUUUAUUACCUUUGGAGUGACAGCUGGCUUGGGCAGCGGGAUGGCCUACCUGCCGGCCGUGGUCAUGGUGGGCAGGUACUUCCAGAAGAGACGCGCGCUGGCGCAGGGCCUCAGCACCACCGGGACGGGGUUCGGCACGUUCCUCAUGACGCUGCUGCUCAAGCACCUGUGCGCGGAGUACGGCUGGCGCGACGCGAUGUUCAUCCAGGGCGCCGUGUCCUUGAACCUGUGCGUGUGCGGCGCGCUCCUGAGGCCCCUGGCGGCGCGCGGGGACCCCGAGGGCCCGGGCGGGGAGGCGCCGGCUCGCCCGCCGGGACCGGGGCCGGGGCCGGGGCCGGGGGCCGCGGGGCCCGAGGAGCAGGCGGGGGAGCCCCGGGGCGCCCUCGGGGUCCUCAAGACGGCCGGCCGGCUGGGCAGGAGGGUCCGCAAGGGCUUCCGCGACUGGUCCUCGGGCUACUUCGGGACCGCCUCGCUCUUCACCAACCGGAGGUUUGUCGCCUUCAUUCUCUGGGCUUUGUUCGCCUACAGCAGCUUUGUCAUCCCCUUCAUCCACCUCCCGGAGAUAGUCCAUUUGUACCGCUUGUCCGAGCAAAACGACGUGUUCCCUCUGACCUCCAUCAUAGCCAUAGUGCACAUCCUCGCAAAAGUGAUCCUGGGCGUCGUGGCCGACCUGCCCUGCAUCCGCGUGUGGAACGUCUUCCUGAUGGCCAACUUCACCCUCGUCCUCAGCAUCUUCAUUCUGCCCCUGAUGCACACCUACGCCGGCCUGGCCGUCAUCUGCGCCCUGAUCGGCUUCUCCAGCGGCUAUUUCUCCCUGAUGCCCGUGGUGACCGAAGACCUGGUGGGGAUCGAGCACCUGGCCAACGCCUACGGCAUCAUCAUCUGUGCCAACGGCAUCUCGGCGCUGCUGGGACCACCCUUCGCAGGCUGGAUCUAUGACAUCACAGAAAAAUACGAUUUUUCCUUUUAUAUAUGUGGCUUACUCUACAUGGUAGGAAUACUCUUUUUACUCAUUCAGCCAUGUAUUCAAAUGAUAGAACAAUCCAGAAAAAAAUACCUGGAUGGUGCCCACGUUUAGCGUCCUGUUGUGUUUCCUGGAAGAUUUCUUUGUGGUACUCAUGCCUACCUCACAUGGUUGCUGUGAGGAGCCUGUGACGUUGUGGGGAAGCGCUCUGUAUGGUUGCUGGCACUGUCACUUGUAAAUGCCAUGGUCAUGACUUCAUCUGAAAGCUUCACUGCCUCUCGGGUUGGGAAGAAGCAAUGCGCGCAAGGUAUGUAAGACUUACCUGCUUUUUAGAGAUGACAAUGUCCUUCGAAGACGGCCUGUUAAAUAAUUGGUAGAAAUGCCCUUACAGAAACUAUUCCAUCAUCACCCACUGGGCCUAAUAAGCUUUUAGAUACAGCUUUUGAAAAACAAAGAUGAGGAAUAAAAUCUUUUCAACUCGACUACUCCUUGUACGGUGGAAAUAAAUUAUCGAAGUGCUUCUGGAAAGCUUAUAGGUGAAUGGGUUUCAAGCACAAGAAUACGACGAGGCUUCAGAACGUGUUACAGGUCACUGUUGAUCUAGUAGUCAAAAGCAAAGGUAGGCUCUAAUUUCAAAGGUAAUACAUUUAGUACAAUUAAAGAAACACAGUUUAUAUUUUUAUGGAAGAAUUUUGCAGCAAGGGAGCACAGGUUUUCAAUCUUCCUCUAAGAAAAGCACCUAUCAUCCAUCCUAAUUUAGUAUUAUUUAGUGAUUAACUGAAUCCUAAGACAAAACCUAGAUAAAUAAUAAUGACUUCCUUAGCAAAAAGCCGUAUCUGUCACGCAAACAUGGAAUCAAGGGCUAUGGUUCGAGCACUUUUACUCAUAUCAUUGGCCUCUUCAUUUACAAGCAUGAUCUGGAGUUUAUGAGAAUUUUUUUUCUGAGUUUCUCCCGCCCACUAAAUAAAACAGAGAAGCAACUACUGGCUGAUAUAUAAAGUUGGCAGUUAAAUCAUCUGGAAAGUGUGUUACUAAUCCAAAACGAGCGACUCUCAAGUUGCGAGGGUAAUAAACGGAACGAACUUGGUCUACACGUCUGUGCACUUGACGCUGGAGUGGUGGUGACCCUUGGUCCUUCUCUGGGGCCUCUUGUUAUAGAGACAGUUCAUCUGCCUGAGCUCGACACGCUUUUAAAAAUUGUUCUGUUCAUUGAUUUCAUAUGCAAGAUAACUGUAAUCCAUGACAUCAAGUAACGCUCUUCCUUUAUCCGAGAUCUCUAUUUUUCUAAGCCAAUUUUCCAACUGCAGCGUGUUCUCCCCCAGAAUCAUUUCUGAAAUCUCGGGCUGCCUUACUUAAUUACACAUAUUUUAGAACCAUUUCAAUUUCUACUCACAAUUUGCUCCUCCCACACAUACAAAUCCUUUAAUGCCAUUGCCAGUGUCUGGGGUCAAACGCAUCUAAAGUGAGCACAGACCAUUCUCAAUUAUCCUUGGUUAUUAGAGGCAGGAAUUGUACCAGCAAUUGGCAUCACCGAGUGUUACCCCAAGCUUGAUUUUCACCAACAGUUUCAGACUUUCCCUCCACCGAGUGCUUCAGAGUUGUUAACAAGUUUCCUUCGUGUUCCAUCUCCAUUAUUUCCUGUUUUAACGUCUAGUGGGAGGGGUUGUAUAAUCAAAGGGACCACCAAAAUCACAAUAUUAAUAAAAGGCAGCUAAUGGAAAGGAGAAACAAAAGCAUGGUUAGUAUACGCACUCAAUAUUACCUCUAAUGACUCAAGAAUCGCCUGUAAAUUGUUAUAGAUAAUAAAUUGCAUGUCAUCCUCCAUUUGGUUCAACACGACGACCUAUUUGUUAUCAUUACAGCUUUGGCUGCUGUUUUAGAAUCCAGCUGUCUAUUUUGAUCAAGGUAUUCCUAAAUCCUGAGGCAAUGCUCUAUCUCUCUCUCUAGAUAUUUACAGUAAAAUCAGAUAAUUAGACUGAAAAAAAACACAUGACUACAUGACUUCCAUUACUUCCAUUUUCAGACAACACCGAAUUAAGUAUUUUGAAUGGUGCUAUAGCCAAUGCGUUUUGAUGCUCGCGCUGCUGGCUGUGCAUCAUGAACAGGAUCUUUUUAUCCAGUUACACGGCUUUCGUUAUACCCAAGUUAGAUCGGCUCAUGUGCAGUUUAUACAGGUGUUCACUGACUCUCUGCAUUUAUGGAAUGGUGAUUUCUACCAAAUCAGAAGUUCCUAUUUUACAAAAACAAUAAAACCUGCUUGCAAUAUUCAUGUUGAUAAGAGAAUAAAAGAGAAUGCUAUGAAGAAUCACAGCAAAUAAAUGAAUACUUCUCGUUUAAACUAUGUUAUUCCUUACAGUUCUUUGACAAUAUUAUAAAGGGUUAAUUGUAUAUUUAUACCAUGUGUUUAUAGUGUGGCCCUCACAUACCCAACUAAUUUUUAUUUACAUAUGAUGAAAUAAAUUUUGUCCUCUUUAAAGAUG